AUGACAUCCUGGCAUGAUACAAACAUAAGAUGGUUUGUGCUAGUGCUUAUUGGCAUUUACCCACUUGUAGUAUUCCUCGUAGGUGAAUUUCCAGCAUUGCUAGGAGAAUAGAUAAAAUAACACUUUCAAAUCACUUAAAAGGAAGUCAAUUAUCUAUUAUCAAUAAGAGCAUUUCCAAAUAUGAUAAUGUCAUUAAUUGGCGGUUUGAUUAUUGACACUUUUGGAGUCGGACGCUCAUACACCUUAUUUGGAGCAGUUAUAAUUUUUGGUUAAUGUAAAAAUUUAUAUUAAAGGAAAGUCUUAUGCUUUAUUUCAGUAAUUAGUGAUAAUUUUGCAAUUAUGGUAGUUGGCCGAUUAGUAUUUGGGUUGUUUGAUGAUAGCGGAUUUGUGGCUGAAAGUUACUAUAUCAAUAAGUGGUUCAAAGGGAAGGAGAAUUCUCUAGCUUUUGGGUACUAUUUUAAUUUAUUAAAGCAUCGACACAGGUCUUUGUAGAAUAGGAUCAAUAACUGGUGCAAUUAUUUAUCCAUAUAUAUACAUGUCCUAAGAUAGCGACUUAUCUAAAUGCUUGUUAAUGUGUCUUUACAUCUCUAUAUUGAGUUUUGUUUUAAUAAUUAUUUUAACUCGAAUUGACAAGUNCUCUUUUUGA